AUGGCCAUGGUUCCCUCUGAACGUCGCCUGAGCCGGCUUGGGCUCGCUUCCACAGGCGUUGGCGCUGUCCUCUUUGUUUCCGUCUUCUCCCUGGAUGGGCCUGCAUGGUUCUGGGCAACAGAGCAACAUAUUUACAUCGUCAGGCAUGGCGACAAGUAUAGCAGCUACCCGCCCUGUGACGAGACCACCGACGACAUCUGCUUUGAUGCCAAGGUGAUGGGCAACAACCCUCCGCUCACCCCCUGUGGGAGACAACAGGCAAGAUAUACGUCAGACUGGCUCCAGCAGCACGCCCGGAUUGACAAUGUUCUCGUGUCGCCUUUCACCCGGACUUUGCAGACCGCAUUGCCCCUGGCAGAGGCACUGAACCAGCAGCUGAAAGUGGAGCCACUCCUGUCCGAGGCACGCCAAGACAGCGGCGCCUUCCGGGCUUUCAACGCCGACGCUCCGGGCGAGACUGUCCGUGACCUGUCGGAGUGCGGCGCACGGUGGGAUUGGCGCUACGGUGCAGCCUCGAUCAAGACGCCGGAGAAUGACACUCUCUAUGUGCAGAGAGUUGUUGAGGCAGCGCGAACGCUGAAGGCGCGGUUCCCGCCUUCCACAGGCAACAUCGCCAUUUUCACGCACGCGACGCCAUCGCUGAGCAUUGCAUUCGGCUGGUGCUACAAGGAGGACUCUUCGCUGAAGCAGUUCCUCGACACUCAGGAUGCGAUAGGCCCGGCGGGCGUCGUUCAUGUCAUCGUCAAGCAGGGUGGAAGUGGAAGUGGAACUUGUACCAUCCUGCAGACGCAGAACGUGGCUGAUGCCCUGAAAUGCGGCAGGACUCCCGCAUACAA